AUGUCAAUAGCAAGCCCCGCCGUCCCGCAAUCUUCUGACUCCUGGGAUACCCCGUCUUCAACGCAACGGACCAUUCUUCGUCGCCCUGCGAAGGAACUCGUGCCCGAUGACUGGGAUGCAGAUGAACCUGAUACUGAAGACGCAAAUGACGAAGAGGCGAAUUCUAAGAUCUGGAAUAACGCCAACGCGCAGGCACCAAUGCCAAAUCUCGUCAUCUCACCCUCCCAAACUUCAUCAUCCACGGCAGGUCUCUCCGCACUCCCACCAGCCGCUUUCCAAGCCCCUGUACGCAUUCUCAAACGGUCCCCAGCCUCUACAUCUCCAUCAACCUCCGCUUCAGGAUCUUCGACAGAUCUCUCGAAAGGUGGUUCAACAUUUGCUGAGAGAGAAGCGCGAUACCAGGCUGCAAGGGACAGAAUAUUCAGUGGUGAUAGCGGGGACACCAAGACUCAGAGUUCCAGUGGCGAGGUGACCCGUGCCGGACCAGGCAUGGUGAGCAGACCUCAGACGGGUGGAGUCUCCGUGGUGAGGGCACCACGAGGCCCUUCGAGUCCAGUCCUCCCAAAUUCGGGCACGUCUGGCUCGCAAGGAGGCCAGGAUGACAGGCUGUCGAAAGGUUUCGUCGGACGCAACAAACCUCCACCACCGAGCAGAGUUCCACCGGGUCAGUCUCCUAGCGGGAUGUAG